AGCUCCGCGGACAGCCGCAGGAGUGUUUAGCCGUUAGCCGCACUGAGCUAAACGGCCUCUUUCUACUUUUCCACUGGAUUUCAACCGUUUUACUGAAUAUUCCCGCUUCAGCAAAGAUGUCAACGCCUCUGUCGAAGCCUCAGAUUAUCGCCCACAUCCAGAAGAGUUUAAACUACACGGUUUUCGACAGCAAAUGGAUUCCGAGCAGCGCUAAAUUCGUGUGUUUGGGGAACUUUCCCAGAGGAACCGGAGUGAUGCAGAUCUAUGAGGUUCAGCACGGAGAGGCUCAGCUAGUCAAAGAGGUAGAGAAACCUAAACCCAUAAAGUGUGGGACGUUUGGGGCCACCUCUCUUCAACAGAGACACAUAGCGACAGGGGAUUUUGAUGGAAAUCUCAAUAUAUGGAAUCUGGAGAUGCCUGAUGUUCCAGUUUACACGGUGAAGGCCCAUAAAGAGAUCGUGAACAGCAUCGAUGGUGUCGGUGGUCUGGGGAUCGGUGACGGAGCACCUGAGAUAAUCACUGGGAGCAGAGACGGGACAGUGAAGGUGUGGGAUCCCAGACAGAAGGACUCACCUGUAGCCAACAUGGAGCCGGUGGAAGGAGAAACCAAGAGGGACUGCUGGACUGUCGCAUUUGGUCACGCCUUCAACGACCAGGACCGCUGUGUGUGUGCCGGUUACGACAACGGCGACAUUAAACUCUUUGACCUGCGGAACAUGUCUCUACGGUGGGAAACCAACAUCAAAAAUGGGGUCUGCUGCGUGGAGUUUGACAGGAAAGACAUCAACAUGAACAAGCUGGUGGCGACCUCGCUGGAGGGAAAGUUCCAUGUCUUCGACAUGAGGACCCAGCACCCCACCAAGGGCUUCGUCUCCGUUUCCGAAAAGGCUCAUAAAUCCACCGUCUGGCAGGUGAGACAUUUGCCUCAAAACAGGGACAUCUUUAUGACUGCAGGGGGAACAGGCAACCUCUACCUGUGGAAAUAUGAGUAUCCAGCUCAGAGAAGCAAAAAGGAUGCUGACGGCGGGGAUGUGGGCGUGGCCGGCUCCAUCAGCCUCCUACAGAACGUCACUCUGUCCACUCAGCCCAUCGCCAGCCUGGACUGGAGCCCUGACAAGCAGGGCCUGUGUGUGUGCUCAGGCUUUGACCAGUCUGUUCGGGUCCUGAUCGUCACCAAACUCAACGUGGUGUGAAGAAGCAGACUGAGGUGUGAGCAGCUUAGAAUGAAAUCAGACAUGACUGCAGAGACACACCGGUGUUUAAAUCACUGAAUCAUCUCUGAUUAGAAGACACCAGUUUCCCACUGUGCAGUUUCUAUCUUCCCAGACAACAGUUUAAACCUCACUGAACUGGGGAAGUAUUGUUUAGUUUUGGUGGUUUCGUCUCCAAAAUGUGCGACGCUCGUCUGAUUCCUGCAGAGUUUUAUCCUGCAGUGCAGUAAACUCCUCUCUGUAACACAAUUACACAUUUCCCAUAUGAUUAUAACGCCUCUGUUGAGAUGAAGGAAUGAGUCAUGCAGCCUCUGGCUCGGAAAAAUUGGGGAAAAAAUACCAUUUCUUUAUCAAUUUCCAUUUUUGCAGGAGGCUCAGUUGAACACCUGUCUUUUGUUGCACUCUCGGUGAACAUUGUUGUCCUCCAGUUAAUGUUUUGAUAUGAAGUUUUUAUUGAGAGCUUUGCAUUUUCAAAUUAAAUGUGGGUUUGGAGAGAAAA